AGACGGAGACGUUCUUCCGGUUUCUGUUACGUCGUUUCGGUCAUUACAGUUUAAAAUCAACUAAUCAAAUAAACUGGGCGAUUGCUCGGUUUGUAAUGCUGCUUACGAAAUGGCUGUGGCAAUGAGCUCCACUUGUCCUGGGCUUUACUGUGGAAGAACCAGCACUAAUGAUACUACUGAUAUGUGGGGAGAAUGUGGGGUUUGUCCUCGGGGCGAGAGGACGAACUUGGAGAAGUUCUGUAUGAAAUGCACUGGAUCUCCUGAUCUCUAUGACUGGCUGUACCUGGGCUUCAUGGCGAUGCUGCCUCUGGUCCUGCACUGGUUCUUUAUCGAGUGGUAUUCUGGGAAAAAGAGCUCAAGUGCCCUUUUCCAGCAUAUUACGGCCCUGUUUGAAUGCACAGUUGCUGCUGUAGUGACUCUGCUGCUCAAUGAUCCUGUCGGCCAGCUGUAUAUUCGUUCCUGUGAGGUGAAGAUGCUUUCAGACUGGUACACCAUGCUGUAUAACCCCAGCCCCGACUACGUCACCACGCUGCACUGUACACAGGAGGCUGUGUUCCCUCUAUACACCAUCGUGUUGAUCUACUACGCUUUCUGUCUGGUGUUCAUGAUGCUUCUACGGCCACUUCUGGUUAAAAAGAUAGCAUGUGGUUUAGGCAAGACAGAUCGUUUUAAGAGCAUCUACGCAGCGCUGUACUUCUUUCCCAUCCUUACUGUCCUGCAGGCAGUUGGAGGAGGACUGCUGUACUAUGCAUUUCCGUACAUUAUUUUGGUCUUAUCCUUGGUCACGUUGGCAGUUUACAUGUCAGCUUCAGAGAUACAGUCUUUCAAAAACCUUGUGGCCAAGAAGAAACGGCUUGUCGUUCUCUUCAGCCAUUGGCUUCUCCAUGCGUAUGGUAUUAUUUCUAUAUCCCGACUGGAUAAACUAGGCCAGGAUUUGCCUCUGUUGGCUCUGGUGCCUGGACCCGCUCUCUUCUACCUGCUGACAGAAUUCACAGAGCCAAACCGGAUUCUGUCAGAGGGGGGAAAUGGACACUGAUGUCAGUUCCUUUUCUAGGAGAACCGAUUUGUCCAAAUGUAGAGGAAUGGCGUUCAAUUUAAUGACACCUUCGGGAUGGAUGCCAAUGAGCCAU